AACGGUCGCGAAAGAAGUGGUUGUCGCAGCAGCGCCCAGUGCGCCUGCGCGGAGGCGGCGCCUGCUGAUGUGGAGCUAGGUCGGAGAGGCGGAGCCCGGCGCACGGCGGUGUGCGGCAGAGGUGCUGGGGUGGUGGAGCCGCGGCCGAGGCCCCGGGAUGGCGGCGCCGCUCGCUCCGCGCCGGAGAGCCGGGGCUGCCGGCCGGCGCUGGUUGGUGCUGCUGCCGCCCCUGCUGCUGGCGCUGCUGCUGGCGCGGCCCGCGGGGGCCCUGGUGGAGGGGCUCUACUGCGGCACGCGCGACUGCUACGAGGUGCUGGGCGUGAGCCGCACGGCGGGCAAGGCGGAGAUCGCGCGGGCCUACCGCCAGCUGGCCCGGCGCUACCACCCCGACCGCUACCGGCCUGAGCCUGGCGACGAGGGCCCGGGACUGACACCGCAGAGCGCCGAAGAGGCCUUCUUGUUGGUGGCGACCGCCUACGAGACUCUUAAGGAUGAAGAAACUCGAAAAGAUUAUGAUUACAUGCUGGAUCAUCCAGAAGAGUACUAUAGCCAUUACUACCAUUACUAUAGCAGGCGCUUAGCCCCCAAAGUGGAUGUUAGAGUUGUGAUUUUGGUCAGUGUAUGUGCUAUUUCAGUGUUUCAGUUUUUCAGCUGGUGGAACAGCUACGACAAGGCAAUCAGCUACCUAGCCACAGUGCCCAAAUACCGUAUCCAAGCCAUGGAGAUUGCCAAGCAGCAGGGGUUACUUGGAAAAGCCAAAGAGAAGGGCAGAAACAAAAAGUCCAAAGAGGAAAUUCGUGACAAGGAGGAGAGCAUCAUAAAGAACAUUAUAAAAAGUAAAAUAGAUAUAAAGGGAGGCUAUCAGAAACCACAGAUAUGUGAUCUCCUCCUGUUUCAGAUUCUCUUAGCACCUUUUCACCUGUGCUCGUAUAUAGUCUGGUAUUGCCGGUGGAUCUAUAACUUUAACAUCAAAGGCAAAGAAUAUGGGGAAGAAGAAAGACUGUAUAUCAUUCGUAAAUCCAUGAAGAUGUCAAAGUCUCAGUUUGAUAGUCUAGAAGAUCAUCAGAAAGAAACUUUUCUUAAACGGGAGCUCUGGAUAAAGGAGAAUUAUGAGGUUUAUAAACAAGAACAAGAAGAAGAACUAAAGAAAAAAUUGGCAAAUGACCCUAGAUGGAAGAGAUACAGGAGAUGGAUGAAGAAUGAAGGACCUGGACGGUUAACAUUUGUGGAUGACUGAGGACUGCUGGAAUGCCGCUGUGCCAAACCUUAAUUAUGAUAUUAUUUUUCAUAGCUGAAUUAUUUUAGAAUUGUAUCAACUGCUCCUCAGCAGUACUUAAAAUUCCUCAAAUAUCUGAUUAAACAGAAUAAUAUAGAAAUUUAAACUUUCCUUAAAACUUUAUACAUAAGACAUUUGAUUGUUCAGUUUUUAUAAUCUAUUUGUGGAUUUUGUUAAAUGAUCUGACAUGAAGAUUUAUUAGUUGCCAUUUAAAAUUUGUAUGUUUAGUUAAAAUAUUUGACAUGAAAGUUUAUUAGAUAUCAUUUAAAAUUUUUAUGUGUUAAGUGUUUAUUCUUUAAAAGUGUUUCCUUAUUCUUUGUUCUAGUGCUACAUUUUUCUGCUUCCAUGACUUCUCAUAUUUUAACAAAACAUAAAAAAUUACAACAGCAUUUAAUUACACUGUGUCUUUAGACACAAACUUCUUCAGCAAAAUUAUUUCAACUGUCAUGUCAUCUUCAUUACAGUCAUCCUAGGAUUGAAACAUGUUCAAAAUAUCUCUCUAGGAGAGUCUUCUGCCAGAAUGUGUUUAUACUAUUUUCCCCCUGUCGUACUAUUCUUAAUAAGAUCAGAAACUCUCCAGGAGAGUGAAUCUACCUUCAUGUCCUUGUAGGAUGAUCUUGAUUACAGUCAUUAUAGGACUAAAACUAUUCUCAAACAUUUUUCCAGAAGAGACCUUGUAAAAAGGUCUUUUGUACCACAGUAUGGCUUCCCCCACCCCUUUAGUUAAAAUAAAAAACAAUGGAGCAGAAAUAGUGUACUGAAAAGUUGUUCAUGUAUUAUGAAGUCUUCGAGCCAUGAAAAAUCCAGUGUACAUGAGUGUAUUGACAUGCAUUUAAACCAGAAAGAGGAGGUGCAUGGCUGUGUGCUGUUCUUUCAAACAAUGAAAUAUAUAUGUUUUAUACAUAUGGAAGUGAAAGUAAUUCACACAUAAUUUGACUGAAGCAAGUAUGAUACUGCAUCAGAGUAUCAAUACACAAUCAUGGUAGUGAAACAAUACUCCUGUUAAAGGAUGUAUCUCAUUGCUUCAUAUUAAUAAAAU